AAUAAGCUGUAACAUACGUGAGCCUCUACGUUGCUGGCGCUUAGCUAUGAGGUAGCGUUCAAUUUCAAACCUUUGUGGGCAGGGUCACGUCGCGCACCAGGGGUGCAUCAGUUACUCGGGUCUAUCAGCGACGGGACUUUCAUUCAUCGCGGCCUCUCAUCGCUAUCCACUAUACAGCAUGGCGCUCUCCACUUGUGUUGGCCAUCAACCGCUCGCGAGGAAGGGCAGUGGCAGCAUUCCCCCACGGCCAUUUUCUCACACACUGCUCCUUCGUCCGGUUACAUUGCUGGAAAGCAGUACUUCAAGGCCAAUGGGAGCGCUUGGCGGACCACGGUGCCAUGGACUUCAACCUAAAUUACAGGUGCUCGCUAGCAAAAUGGAAUUGUCUGUGGUCGAGCCGCGCGAGACAGCCGUGUGUCGCGUCGGUUCAGUUCGAUAUCGCUUCGUUGUGCCGCAAUACGUUACAACGUAUGGUCAAUCGCUGCGAGUUGUGGGAUCGCUGCCUGAACUUGGGGCUUGGGAUCCGCAUCACGCACCUGUUAUGGCUUGGUCCGAUGGACACCAAUGGUCCCUGGACUGCGCCCUGCCUCAGCAAUCCUUCGAAUUCAAGAUCAUCGUGUUCGAGGGCCACGGCUUGCGCUGGGAGAGCGGCAGCAACCGGGUGGUACUAGCGGGCGGCGAGGGCGGGGAUGUGCCGGUGGAGAUCGUGGUGUGGCUGACGUGCCACUUCAACGCCACCACCGCCACGCAGAUGCAGCUAGCGGUGCCGCGAGCACAAGUGGAAGACGCCUACGAGACGGGUAAGGCCACCCUGGAGUUCCUCAGGCGCCGCAAAGCCAAGAUGGGUCAGGACUCGGAGCAGACCGCCAGCGCUUCCGAGCGGCAGCGGCAGGCUGCUGAGCUGCUGCGGCUGUCGGAGGCGGUGGUGGAGCAGCAGGGCACCGUACUGCAGCUGGGGGACCUGCUGGCGGAGGGAGGAGGCAGCAACGGCAACGGCGGUAGCAGCGGCGGCAGCAGCAGCAGCCAGGGCAGGUUGCAUGGGGGCAAUGGAGGCCAGGCGGCAGCAGAGGGGGAGGCGGAGGAGGAUGAGGCGAUGCUGCUGCUGGCGAUUGAGUCGGUGCGGCUGCCGCCGCCCCUGCGCCGCAUUUCCUUUGCGAACGUGGUUCAGUCUUGGAGCAGCACGGGGUCUCCCGCGCUAGAGUCCGGAUUGAGUCCGGGCGGCAGCGGGGACCACGCGCAGGCGGAGGCGGGUGUGGCGGCCUCCCUGCCCGGCGCCAACCCGGCCCUGAACCCCUUCCUGCUGGGGGAGCUGGAUAACCGGGCGGAGGAGCUGAUGAGCGCGGCGGGGGAGCUGCUGAGGGCAUCCUCGCAGCUGCCCCUGAACGGCGCCCCCGCCUCCGCCUCUCCCACUCCCGCCUCCGCCACUGGCCCUCCGGGCUCUCCCACUGCCGCUUCCUCCGCCUCCGCCUCCGCUGCUGCCAGCUCCCAGGAGUGGGCUGACCUGGCGGAGGAGGCGAGCCAGGUGGCGGGUGUGAUGGCGGCGCUGGGGGCUGGCCAGGCGGCCACGCAGCUGCAGGGGCUGGCCUCCGUGGGAAGCGCACUGGCGGGAAGCGGGGGGGGCGGCGGUGGUGGUGGUAACGGAGCGGGUGUGGCUGCUGCCGUGGAGGGGCACCAGGAUGCGUCUGACGCGGCUGAGGCUGACAAGGCUGAGGAGGUGGCUGCGGCUGCAGAAGCGGCCGAUGCAGUGCGUGGAUGGCGGCUGGGGUUAGAAGAUAGAGAAGGAGAAGCUGGCGAUGCUGGUGUGCAUGCCGUACAGGUCCCACAGAUGGGUGGCGAGUUGCAGGAGGUGUUGCCGCCUGCAGCAGCAGCACAUGGGCGGCUGCCGGAAGAGGGGGUGGUGGCUGGAACACCAGCAACUACUAGCUCUGCUGCCUGCAGCACCAGCGUUGUUGUUACCAUCGAGGCACGGAGCAUGGAGGAUUCAGCUGAGCCCGCUAGCUACCAUUCCAGCUACAGUGCUAGCAGCGUCUCUGACAGCGCGAGCUUCCUAGUUGAUCCCGCAGCAGCAAUGGAGCGCCUGGAGACCCCUUCAGAAAUGCUGGCUACGACAGCGGCGGAUGUUGCACAAUCGGCUGCGGCGCUUGAAGGGGCGGCGGCUGCUGCUGUGCAUGUCAGCGCCGGCCCUAGCGAGGCCGGAGGGGCUGAAGGGGACGGGCUGGGCUACGGCAGGGAAGAGGAUGAGCAUGUCAGCGGGAGUGAUCCGGCACAGGUUCAGGCACCAAGCGGCGAUAGUGGUGAAGGCCAUUGGGGGCUGCCCAAGCUCAUGUCGCAGCUGCGGGCCUUCCUGGACAGCCUGUUCCUGUGAUUCGCGGCAUCACGGGACUGGGUAGCAGCAUGCACGCUGUGGGGGUGGACGCGCUUGUGCCCAGGACUGACUGCUACUGUGGACUGGCUUGAUACGCUUUGCCGUCGCACGCGACCUCACACUGUAUGGCGUCUUGGUUACGCAUCCUUGCCUGCAUGCAAAAGCGGUGCUGCGGGUACGGCAAAAAGGAAAUUACCGGGUAUUGUUGUCAUAGAAAGUGCUGUAGUCUGUUUACCCUCCCUGUAGUCCAGAAGCGAAGCCGGGAAAGGUCAGGGGCGAGCUGCCACAUAAUGCCUUUCACUGGUUAAUGUCUUCGCUGUUGUGUACAUUUCUUAUUGCUCGGAUUCAUGGCUCGAAGGUCAAGCUGCAUCCGGGCUGUUGGCUUGUGAGUUGCCGGCGCGUGCUGCAGUGCAGGUUUUAGGCCAGCUAGGGAGUGCAGCGUCCACCUGUGUUGCAGUUGUGUGGGGCAGUACUCACAGGGGAGGUGUUCUGAUGUACCAUGUUCGAGUGUGUAUUUCCUUGGUGCUACCGCCGUUUCCCUCCCGUGGUGGUUAUAUGUACUGCUGUUUAAUAUGUUAAGGACUGAAAUGGCUAAGCCAUGCUAUCUUUUUAUAGGCAGUGUAUAGGCUGACCUCAUAUCUGUAUCCCGCUCUAUAAAGCGCUGUGCCGGUUCAGGAAGUGACCCACGGGUCACAUAACUGGGACGUGCAGGCAUCGACGGGCCGCAAGGUGUAUUGCGUGGGGUAGUGAUGCUAGCUAGUAGUUGAGCACUCUGCACGCAUGCGACUACAUGCGACUACAAUCAAAGAUGCAGACGGUACGCAACUGUUAUGGGUCCUUCUGGGUUAGAAGGUACUACCUGGUAUGUCCUGAUGCGGCUGCAGCGGCAACGAACCAUUCACAGUUCCCGGUUGCCGCCAUAUCUAGUUGCCCGUGCUGAUGUAGUAUGGGAUUGCAACGCGAACUAUUGACGCAACGCCCUAUGCUGAUCUUGUAACGCCAACACCUAGCACG